CUCAGCCGGAAAAAUACACCAACAGGCAUGACGACAAGCCUAGGAUCGUAUAUUUCGCUUUAUUUUACUGCUCUUUAUAUGGGAACGGACUCUGUCACGAUAACCUGCACAAGAAAACAAUUCAAUGAACCUCCACCAGAGUGGGCAAUGACAAAUGAGAGAACCCCUUCAGAUAUUUUGGAUCUUCAAGUUCAGUUACAACCAUCAGAAGAAAGUCAGAGUCCAGUGCUUAAUAUCAGCUGGAUCAUCAGCCCAGAUGGAAGUAUUCAAGAACUUAGAGCCACUAUGAUAUGCAUUCAAAGUCAACAAAAGGUCUGUUUUCGAUGUGAUUACAGUGCAUUGUUUGAAUCAGCACGAAAUCCUCAAGAUCAACCAUGGCAAUUUUAUUUUGCUGAAUAUCCUGUUGAGCCAGAAACCAAUUACUUUGUGACUGCAUUCAACAUCCCAACAGCAAAUACUGGUGAAUAUCCACCUGAGAAAUCCAUUAGUCUUUUCACACCAUCUUGUUUUGAUGUGACAAUGAAAAAUCAUGAAAGCUGUGAAGAUGCCCAGUGGAAUCCAAACAUAUCUCUGUGUAUGGUUAAUAAUGACGUGGUUAUCAAUUUUACUGCCAGUCCAAAUUCAUUACGUUAUGAUGUUGAGCUGGUCGUGUGCGAUCUCAUUAUGACACCAAAAUUAAAUGCAACAACAAUUUCUCAGUCAAACAGAUCAAGAGUAUCCAUAACAUUUCUGAGGAAUGAUGUACUGGAUCUUUCAGAAGGAUAUUGCGUGACAAUAAGACCGCAUUUCCCUGUAUGUCAACAUUACUGCUAUAUACAUGAAAAAGUACUCAACUGCUCCAAGAAAGAUGACUACAAGAAAUACACCGAAGAUAGGCUGAAUUUAAUCCCAGGACACCCAUAUUUCAUCCAUGUUUUCAUUGUACUCGGUGUGAUCUUACUUGCUUCGGGACUUGGGCUGUAUCUAAUUUGUAAAUUAGGCAAAGUCAAUGAAAGAAUUGUAUUCGCCAAUGAAAUACAUCGGCUACAACCAGUUAAAGUCCUAAUCAUUUACUCAAUGGAUAAUACACCGAUCCAAAAUGUUGUCCUGACUUUUGCUGAAUUGCUGCAAAGUUCCACUGGAAUCCAAGUAAUCAUCGACAUGUGGCAAAAGAUCGAUAUUGCUGAAGUAGGCACUGUUCAAUGGCUUGCCACCCAGAAGGAGAAUGUGGAUAAGAUCAUUAUUGUAUGUUCAAAAGGUGUCAAAAUUAAGUGGGAUACUAUUUGUUACAAAACAAACAUGAAUCAAAAAUUGAAUAAUUCAGAAGACAUGUUUUCUAUUGCCUUAAAUAUAUUUUGUAGUGAUUUGAAAAAUGGUUCGUAUCUGCAUAAGUACAUUAUUGUAUAUUUUGGUCAAAUAAGCUCAGCCAAAGAUAUUCCCAGUAUUUUUAGUUCAUGUGUGAAGUACUGUCUUGGGAAAGAUAUCAGUAAAUUAUACAGAAAUCUAUAUGGUGCCUCACAGAAACCAUGUAGUGAACAUGCUGUUCUGAUGCCAUACUACAAUUACAAGAUUGCAUAUAAUCAGAAGAUGAAAAAAGCAAUUUUGGAAUUUAAGUGUUGGCAGAAUAUUCAUUCAAAUUCAAAUGCACUUGAGAUUACAUUGGAGAAUUUAGCAUGAAAAAACAUGAAAAAAAUCUUCAAACAAAUUGAUACAGGGUACUUUCCUACCUAGCACUAACUACAGAGCAGAGCAAAUCUGAACUUUAGUUCUUGGUCUGUGCUGAUGUGCCCAAUCUCAAUCAUUGACUCUGUCGCCUCAGUGCCCUUGGGAUAAGGAGGAAAGACAAUGUCCAUACAUCUUGAUGGCAACUGAACAGCUCAUACUAGAAUGAUGUGUGCCAACACAAAUGAUCAAAUUUUAGGUCAUAUAUUUUGCUGGCAUUGAUUAUUUGGACUAUACCUGUCAUCAAGACAAUAAUUUCAGUUUCUUCAGCAUCUCCAUAUAAUUGAACUCCUUUGACCUGGUAUCUUUAUUGUAGUUCUCUCUUGUACCCUCUCAAAGGCUUUAACAUCCUUCCUAAAAUGCUGUGCUCAGGACUGAAUACAAUUCUCCAAUUGAGGCCUGACCAGUGUUAUAUAAUAUUUAACAUUUGUUCUUAGUUAUAUUCAGGUACCCACAAACUUUUUUUUAAUAGUCACUUCAACUUGCCUGUCUUCUUAAAUAUUUGUAUAUAUACACUUCAA